AUGAUGUCCCCCAUGGAUGCCGCGGGUGAAGAGCGACUGCGACAAGUGCGCGCGCAUAUCCACAAAGCGUUCGGACCGGACGGACGCGGCCGCCGCACGAAACGGACGCUCGAGAUGCCUGCCGAGCCGCCGAUGCCCGCCAAGACGCCGCGCACGAAGCUCCGCCAGCGCAUCCAACAGGCAUCGCAGCUGAGCGCGGAUCAGAUCUUCUCGCAGCACUUUGGCGGUCGAGACGAGCUCUUGACCAGUGACUUUGACCUCUCGCGUCCAGCGGGACAUCCCAUCCCACGGGGGUCAAGACGAGUGUUAGGCUCGACAAUGCACCCAUCGGCAAAAGCAGCAACAACAAGAUCCGAAGUAGCAGGAGUGAGAAAAGUAGCGGUACCAAGAGCACCGGCCAGCUACGUUUCCUACCGCUCGUCGGUGUCAGCUCCAGCUGUUUCGAGCUCGCUCUUUCCGAAAGCUGCCCUGUCUCGUGCAGCUGGGAGCCACUUGACACGCCCGAGUGGCAUUCGAACGCCUCGCAAGGCAGUGGUGAAGCGAGGACGAAGUGGAGAGAGCAGUGCCGAGAAGGCGCUCGUGCUGAGAAAGCCGCGACUCGCUGGUGCGAGUCUUCGAGACGUUGCGUACAAAAAAAGGGCGGCGACAAACGUGCAGGUUGGUGCUCAGACAAUGGCGUCCGAGACUCGAAAGUCUCUUGCUUCUACAGCCACUACUGGUGGCAGCUUUAAGCCGCAGGCCACUUUGGCGACGAGAUUGGUCGGUAGCACGUCACCGAGCAAGUUCCAGUUUGCGUCGAGCGCGACGCGGUUGUUUACCCAGCGACAGGCACCGCUGCGGUAA